UCCUCAGGAACCAGCAUCACGGUGGACAUCGCGGUGAUGGGGGAGGCCCACGGCCUCAUCACCGACCUCCUGGCCGACCCUUCCCUGCCCCCCAGCGUGUGCACCUCCCUGAGAGCCGUGAGCAACCUGCUCAGCACCCAGCUCACCUUCCAGGCCGUGCACAGGCCCAGGGCCGGCCCGCUGCUGGCCUUCGGCGACUACGCCUGCUCCGACUCUGAGGAAAGCACCGACAGGGACAAGCAGGCCGUGCCCAAGCGCCUGAGGAAGAAUCUGCCCCCCGGCUUACUGCGCAGAGUGUCCUCCACCUGGACUACUACCACGUCAGCCACGGGCCUCCCCACGUUGGAGCCUGCCCCCGUGCGGAGGGACCAGGGUACCAGCAGCACCAAGGUGCAGGAAGCCUCUUCGCCCAGUGCCGUGAUCUCUGACUCUUGGAAUAAGCCCGUGAUCAUGACCCUCAGCAAAAGCCGAUCCUUUACUUCGUCUUACACUGUUCCUGCAGCGAAUCACGUGAGGGGCAAAAAGCAAAAUCGCCCAGGUGCCCUGGCGAAGAUCUCACCCCUUCCAUCGCCCUGCACCUCUCCAGUCCCGGGCACGCCCGAAACAAGCCCCGGAAGCAAAGUUUCUGCAGAGCAAUUUCCAGAAACUGCAGACACCAGGGCCCAACAAGGCCCAGCUCCUCACAAAGCCUUAACCUACACCCAGAGUGCUCCCGACCUGUCCCCUCCAGCCCUGCCUCUGCCCGUCAUAUGUAGCAGUUGUGGUAGACCGUAUUCCCAAAAGAGCACUGCUGGAGGAGCCGGAGAACCAGACAGGGGAGCCCCCCGGACCCCGAACAGGACAGAUGACACGGCCCAGGUCACAUCUGACUAUGACACCAACAACAACAGCGACAGCAGCGACAUUGUCCAGAACGAAGAGGAGGCAGGGGUCCCCAGGGAGCCCCCCAGAGAGGCCGCGGCCCGGGGCAGCCCCUUCCCUGCAGAGGCCAUGCUGUUCCUGGACAAACCGAUUCUUGCCCCUGAGCCUCUCAUCAUGGAUAAUCUGGGUUCAAUAAUGGACCAGCUAAACACCUGGAAUUUCCCUAUUUUUGAUUUAGUGGAAAAUAUAGGAAGAAAAUGCAGCCGUAUUCUCAGCCAGGUCUCCUACAGACUUUUUGAAGACAUGGGCCUCUUCGAAGCCUUUAAGAUUCCAGUGAGAGAAUUCAUGAAUUAUUUUCACGCGUUGGAGAUUGGAUACCGAGACAUUCCUUAUCACAACCGAGUUCACGCUACAGACGUGCUGCAUGCAGUGUGGUACCUGACCACGCAGCCCAUCCCCGGCCUGGCCACGGUGCUCAGCGACCACGGUGCGCCCGGCGAUGCAGACGCAGAGGCGCUGGCGCGCGGGCGGAUGGGCUUCGUGUCGUCGCGGAUGCUGGGCGCGCAGGACGCGCGCUACGGGAGCCUGUGCGGGAACAUCCCCGCGCUCGAGCUCAUGGCGCUCUACGUGGCGGCCGCCAUGCACGACUACGACCACCCCGGCCGCACCAACGCCUUCCUCGUGGCCACCGGCGCGCCCCAGGCGGUGCUGUACAACGACCGGUCGGUGCUGGAGAACCACCACGCCGCCGCUGCCUGGAGCCUUUUUAUGUCCCGGCCCGAGUACAACUUCCUGGCCAACCUGGAUCACGUGGAAUUCAAACACUUCCGCUUCCUUGUCAUUGAAGCCAUUUUGGCCACUGACCUGAAGAAGCACUUCGACUUCGUAGCCAAGUUUAACGCCAAGGUGAACAACGACGUGGGGAUCGAUUGGACCGAUGAGAACGACCGGCUGCUGGUGUGCCAGAUGUGCAUCAAGCUGGCCGACAUCAACGGGCCGGCCAAGUGCAAAGAGCUCCACCUGCAGUGGACGCAGGGCAUCGUCAAUGAGUUCUACGAGCAGGGGGACGAGGAGGCCAGCCUCGGUUUACCCAUCAGCCCGUUCAUGGACCGCGCGGCCCCGCAGCUGGCCAACCUGCAGGAGUCGUUCAUCUCCCACAUCGUGGGGCCCCUGUGCAACUCGUACAACUCGGCCGGCCUCAUGCCGGGACGCUGGCUGGACGACGGGGACGGCCCCGAGGAGGAGGACGAGGAGGAGCAGGAGGAGGAGGAGGAGGAGGAGCAGGAGGAGGAGGAGGAGGAGCAGGAGCAGCAGGAGGAGGAGGAACAGGAGGAGGAGGAGGAGGCCCAUGAAGAGGAAACCUGUGAAAACAGCAAGCCCCCCCGGAAGAGCAGAACCUUCAAGCCCAGGAGGAUUUACUGCCAGAUCACCCAGCACCUUCUUCAGAACCACACCAUGUGGAAGAAAGUCAUAGAGGAAGAGCAGCGGAUGGCUGGGGCCGAGAAGCCCUCCGAGGCCCUGGCCAGCCAGCUGCCUGCUUCCGACCCGAUCCAAGCCAUCAAGGAAGAGGAGGAAGACAGGGGGAGACCAAGACCCCAGGAGCUGGAGGCCCCGCAGCCCGCGCUGUGACCCCGGGCAGCACGAACUGCAUUGGCAAGACCGAUCCCCUGCGUCCCUCACACCCGUACAACCGUAGACACAACACUGUAGAAGCAGCA